AGAACAUGGUCUCACCGACUUGCGUGUAAAGCUUGAAGACGUGAUUAAAUGUAACACGGAACCAGGGAACGUUUAUAUAAGAACCACAUUUUCCGUCAUAAUACCUGGAUAUAAAUUACUAUUUUCUGUUCUUUGUUGCCAUGAUGGCAACUCGAGAUUCCCUCACCUACAGAUGCGCAAGAUGGCGAUUGUUUUAUGGACUGCGACGGCAAAUAGGACUGCUUAUUUUGCUGCUUCUUGCGGUUAACAUGGUAGGUGGCCAGAUUCGUUAUUCAAUACCAGAGGAAAUGAAGAAAGGCUCUGUCAUUGGUAACGUAGCGCAAGAUCUUGGUUUGGAUCUGAAAAGGCUCCGUUCUGGGCGGGCCCGUAUCGUGACCGGAGAAAACAUCCACUACGCCGAGCUGAAGACAGACAAAGGGAUUCUAGUCGUGAAUGAGAGAAUAGACCGAGAGCAGCUUUGUGGUGAAAUAACACCAUGUAGCUUCAGCUUUGAGGUGAUUUUGGAAAAUCCCAUGGAAUUGCACAGAAUAACUGUUGAGGUUUUGGAUAUAAAUGACCACGCUCCCGUCUUCCCAAAUAAAGAUAAACCUAUCAAUAUUGAAAUAAGUGAAUCAGCUGUAGUUGGAGUGCAGUUUCCACUGGAGAGUGCAGAGGAUCUAGAUGUGGGGCAGAACACGUUGCAAGACUAUAUUUUAUCACCAAACGACAAUUUUAUAUUGAAGCAACAUGCAAAUCCAGACGGGAGUAAAUAUGUUGAGAUGGUUCUCCAGAAGCCUUUAGACAGAGAGAGGCAUCCACAUUUCUCUUUAAAACUAAUAGCUGUUGAUGGAGGAACACCACAGAGAUCUGGUACAGUAAAUAUAGAUGUCACUGUGUUAGAUGCCAACGACAAUACUCCGGUGUUUAACCAAUCAGUAUAUAAAGCAUCCGUGAUGGAAAACACGAUGAAAGGCACAAGCGUUAUUACAGUAAAUGCCACAGACGCCGAUAGUGGCUCAAAUGGUCUCAUUACUUACAGUUUGUCUAAAAUGAAAGGAAGUGCGGCAGAUAUUUUCAGUAUUGAUGAAAACACUGGCACGAUUUAUGUGGCUGGUCAAAUAGAUUAUGAAAAAGACAGAAAAUAUGAGGUGAGGGUUGUGGCAAAGGAUCACGGUGGCCUAACUGGGACAAGUAAAGUUAUUUUUGAUGUUGUUGAUGUCAACGACAAUGCCCCAAUUAUAAAUAUUAUGUCAUUUUCCAGCCCCUUGUCUGAGGAUGCACGCCUUGGAACAAUGAUUGCUAUUUUGAAUGUAAAAGAUGCAGAUUCUGAGAGAAAUGGGCACAUAAGAUGUUCCAUAGAUGGCAAACUUCCAUUUAAGAUUGAAUCAUCUCUAACGAACUAUUAUAAUUUGAUAUCAGAUCAACAUUUUGAUCGAGAAUCCGUCUCAGAUUAUAACAUAACAAUAACAGCCACUGAUCUGGGGACUCCUCCUCUGUCUAGCUCAACAAAAUUACACCUCAAAAUAUCUGACGUAAACGACAACGCACCAUUAUUUGAUAAAAAGAGCUAUUCUGCUUACGUCACGGAGAAUAAUCCCCCUGGAAUUUCCAUAUUUGCUGUCAGCGCGCGAGACUCUGAUUGGAAUCAAAACGCGAGAAUCUCGUAUCUUUUAGAGGACACAGAUAUCAGUGGUAGUCCAGUUUCUACUUAUGUGUCAUUAAACUCCGAAACUGGAGUUCUUAGCGCGAUUCGUUCCUUUGAUUAUGAACAAAUUAAACAAAUUCAGCUUACUGUGAAAGCGCAGGACGGAGGCUCCCCUCCACUCAGUAGCAACGUGACUGUGAAAAUAAUGAUCCAGGACCAGAACGACAACCCGCCUCAGGUUCUGUACCCAGUCCAGACUGGUGGCUCUCUGGUGGCUGAAAUGGUGCCUCGUUCAGCAGAUGUGGGCUAUCUGGUCACUAAAGUGGUGGCUGUUGAUGUGGACUCUGGACAGAAUGCCUGGCUCUCCUAUAAACUGCAGAAAGCCACAGACAGGGCGCUGUUUGAAGUGGGCUUACAGAAUGGAGAAAUAAGAACUAUCCGCCAAGUGACUGAUAAAGAUGCUGUGAAACAAAGACUGACUGUUAUAGUGGAGGACAACGGGCAGCCCUCUCGUUCAGCUACAGUCAUUGUUAACGUGGCGGUGGCGGACAGCUUCCCUGAAGUGCUG